AUGUCAGACACUCAAAAACCCAUUCAAUUUACAGAAUCUGAACUAGACGAUUUGGUUGAAAAAAAAGAUUAUGAAAUAGCCAAUGAGAUCGAAGAUGAAACUUUAAAUGAGUUAAACGAAGAAAUUAAUAUUAUCGAUGAACUAGAGUCUGUCUACAAGACAAAAUUAUUCCUAUUGAAGGAUUUAGAGAAACAAAUCAAACAACGAUUCCCAAACAAAUAUGAAGAGUUUGUGAAGAAUAUGACUGGGGUUAAGACUGGAGCUAAAGAAAUUGAAAAGUUCCUUGAUAUAAAGAAUUACAAGGUUGCAAAAGAAAUUGAUAAGAAAGCUUAUAAGAAGGCUAUUAGUGAUAAAACAUCACGAAAAAUUUUUUUGAAUAAAUACUUGAAGUUAUGUAAUCGUCACGAUCAAAAGUUAAAAGAAACUGAAAAAAGAUUGCCAAACAGUAGAAAUCAUCCAUAUUGGCCAAAAGUAAAGGAUAUUAAAGAUAACAUUGCGGGAGUUAAAACAGCUUACAAGAAACGAAUUUUCGAUAAUUACAUUAUACUUGUCAGAUAUAGUGAACGAAUUCGCCAAUUACCGAAACAUGAUUAUCGAAACAUACCUUAUCAUAAACCUUUUAACAAAAUAAAUAACUUGAAAGAAAAAAGCAAAACUUAUUACUGUAAGAGGUGUAACGAUAUUCUUACCAUCGAAAAUUUCUGCUAUAAGUGUGAGUCGGAAGAUCUGGACAAUUCAGAAUCGAUUCACACGAACUCUCCAAAAUCGGACAGUGAAGGUUCGAAUUAUAUUACUGACGAUGGGUUUGUUAUUAAGGAUGAUAUAAACACAUCAUAUAUUCAACAGGGUUUUGUUAAAAAUGAUUCUGUGUUUUUUUCUGAUAAUGAGCUAGUGAUAGAUGAUUCUUCUUUUUCUUCUCAAAGUUUACAAUGCCAAUAUAUGUUAACACCAACAUUGGAAGUUAAAAAGAAGGAGAUUGUUAAAACGAUUAAAAUUAAACUAACUCAAUAUAACAGGAAGAGAAAACGUGUUAGCAAGAAGGAAAAAGAAGAAAAAGAGGAGGUGAAUGGUGUCAAUUCGGAAUUGAAUGGAGUCAAUUCGGAAGUGACAAAUUGUCAGAAAGGUCAUGAUUUUGAAACUGUUCUUCGUAAAAUCUUUAAUGAUGCCGGGUUAAUAGCGCAUAAGAUUCAAGUUACUGAAGGUGAUGGAGAUUUAGAUUUGAUAGUUUUUUAUCAAACCAACCAAAUUUGUGUCCAAUCUAAAGAUACAGAAAAUCCACUAAUUUUAAAAUAUGUCAAGGACUUAGAGUCAACCAUGAUGCAUCAUAAACAUUCUCUUGGAAUGUUGGUAUAUAAUAGUUCAACGAUGAAAAAAGAAAAAUAUUUAACCAAACAAGCUUCUAUUUGGUUAAACAAUUCACCUCAAAAUAUCAUUGUUUGUAAUGAAAUUCAGGUUAUAGAGGAAAUCAAAAAUUUCUUCAAAAUCAAAAAUGAGAAAGAACCAGAAGAGGAACUAUCAAUUACGGAUUUUAAAGCUGAUUCUUUUGCUUUAAUGGGAAUUGUUGGAACGAUCGGUGCUGGAAAAACUACAUAUGCAAAAAUGUUUCAAAUAUAUCAUGAGUCGAAAGGAUUCUCUGUCAUUCGUAGAAUCGAAGCAAGUCUUGAAAUUCCUGAAGAAUUAACUUUAUUACCGAGAGUUGAUUUCCUGAUUGAAGACAGGACUGUUAGAGAUAUCAAGAUUUUUAACAUCAACGUAGAAAAUGAAUUAGAAAAGAAAUAUAUUGAUAAUUUGAUCGAUGAGGAAAUUUUCAAGGAUAAAAUAAAAUUCGAUAAAGUGGUCUACAUUAAACCUUCGUUUGUGACUACAAUCAAUCGCAAAAAAAAACAUGCAAGACCAGGUGAAACUUGUAAAAACGAUUAUCUGAAAAAAAUUUAUAUGGAAUAUGAAUCAAGAGUUAAUGAAAUUUAUCCUGAUCAUAUUGUGUUUGAUAAUAUUAUUUCUUUAUGUGAGAAUUGUCAGCAGCUUCAAUCUUGUCAGAAAAAAUAUAAAUGUAAAAUUGAAGUUUAUAUUCAAUUUUUUAAUCAAUUAAUUCAGUAA